UCAUUUGAGACAUCUGGAUUAGUCACAUGCCUAUAACUUUACUCAUUGCGUUUUUCUCUGCAUUCAGCCAUACCAACUCCAUGCUCAAAAUUGAAACAGCAAUGUUUGAGAAAUUUUUCAAUAGAUUUGAGCCAAGAGACUUGGGAGCAGAAAAACGUGGUUCAUCGCUGGACUUGGGACAAGCGCAGUAUCCGCGGGGCAGACGCAAAUCUAAAUCCCGGCUCACAGCAGAUCGUUUGAUAUGCCUGACAGUGGAACAGAAAUGUGACCUUGCACAGCGGGAGCUGGAAGAGACUAAAGAAGACAUUCAGCAGAUGAAGGAGAACUCUGAAAGGAUCUUGCAGAAUUACUUGGCUAUCCUAGAGGAAGCAGAUAUUCGCAUGGUUGAAGUUAAGAGAGCUAUGAUGGAGUUUGACAAAGACAUCGUCAAAACCAUAACUAAGAAGAAAGGGAGUGUCAUUGCAUCUGAUAAGGUGCUGCGAUAUAUGGAAGACAGGAUUCGCUCUAGGGAUAUUAUGAAAGAGAAAAUUCGUUUGAAAAACGAUUCUCUAAAAGUUCAGAAGAAGAAGAUGCAGAUGCAGCUCAAGCAGAAGGAGGAGCUUGGAGAGGCACUUCAUGAGGUCGAUUUCCAGCAGCUCAAGAUUGAGAAUGCUCAGUUCCUGGAGAAAAUAGAUGAACGAAACCAGGAUUUACUACAGUUGAAGCUGACUGUUGGCAACACCCUCCAGAUCCUCAACUUCUACAAAAAGAAGCUGCAAUAUGCAACUACCUUGGCUACCCACCUGGUGAAAGACAUUGCACAGAAAAAGGAAUCCUUGGACAAAAUUGCACAUGAAGCCAUCCUUGUGGAAGAGGAACGGGAAAUGGCUGAGAUUCUGAACAAAAAACUACGGAGACAACUGACAGAAUACAAAGUUCCUCCUGUUCUCAACUAUGUCCAUGAGAAAAUGGCAGUUUAUGAACUAGAAAAUACCCUCAAGAUCUGGGAGAGGAAGGUGGAAAUUGCAGAGAUGGCCUUGCAAAGCUACCUCAGUGUUUGGCACAAGGCUAAGAUGGCCAGUCAUCAGCUGCAGGCUCUUCUGCCGGAACAAGAGACACACAGAGGAAGAGAGGGCCUCUAGAGGAACAAGGAGAAAGAGGGCAGGAAAGAAACUCAGCCAACUUGUCUGUGCCGAUCACCCACCUUCCUGGUGCAGAGCUUCAGCCCUAGUGACCCCCCUGGGCCGGAGGUGUCCCACUGCAUGUUAGCAGGACUGGUUUCCAGAGAGGCACAAAGCCCUUGUGGGUCCCCAAGAGGGAGGCUUUUUCCAUUGUGCAUCAGAUUUCAAGGUCUCUGUUUAACUGUCUGCAAACUGGUUUUGAAGUGUGUUAGUAAACUGAUCUAUCUUAAGCUGUUAAUAGAUCACAAUAGAACUGCUUGAUUACAAAGUAUGAGAUAUAUUCAAACUCACUCAGCAGUAUGAGCCUGAAUAAAAGGAGUGGUAAGUACACUGGUGUGUUCAGACUAUCUGUGUGUACUGGGUUCAAAUUUAGCAUCUUGAGAAGUGGAGAGGGGGGUCUGAAGCCUGACAAACUCUAAUGGAGUACAUUUUCC